CGGAAACGGAAUAAGCGUUCACUGAUCGCCGAUAUCGCGCAUCAUGAUCUUCUCCUACAACCUCCGUUCACUUCCCUUUGAUGGAUUUUUAUUGAUAUGCCUGAGUUUGGCCAUCUGUUGGACGCCGGCAAACGCCAAGAUCUACGACAAUCGUUUAACAACCGACGAUCACUCGUGGAUUCGUAGAAGCCGCGAGGCUCCUUAUGACGUUGUCCCUUCGGAACAUUCUCCAUCUUACGCCAGCUUCUUAGAAUCACGGAGGAAUUAUCGCGCGGCAUUCGACUCGGUCAAACCCAAGGAUUGGCUCUCGUUUUCGGCCAGCAAGAAGGUUCCCACUGAAAACAAAAAUUUCAAAAAGGUAUUAUCCCCGUUCUACACCAUCACUGACAAGGAUUCCCAAAAGUACAAGGACAUGGUGAUGAAAUCUGGGGUCCCGUAUUGUCAAGAGAUCAAAACCAGACGCGUGAAGGACAGCAUGAUCUGUUACAAAUGCAAAAACCCUAAAAAUGGAGCCAGCUACGAGCAGUGCUCUUACAAUGGUUCACAACCAUUCACCGGUUCUGCCGGUAAUAUCGAACAAAGUUCGACAGGGUUCAGAAACAGGAGAUCCAACCCCUCUGACGAGGGGUUCUCCGGUUUCAAGGAUUACGGAAGAGGGGACAAUCCGUACAGAUUCAACGACAAGAUAUUUUCAGAGGGGACGGACGAUGUGCCGGCAGAGUAUAAGAAGAAAAACGAAAAAUGCGAGAAGGUGAUCAAGGAUUCCAUGAUGUGCAUGGUGUGCAAAGAUACCAAGAGUAAUGCCAAAUACGAGCAAUGCACCUAUAUCAGGCAACCGGCAGAGAAGAAAUACACUUACACCAAAUCUAGCUCUGUUAAAAAUCCUAGAGAAUCUGAGAAGGAUGGUGAGGAAAAUGGGGAAAGAUCUAAUAGAAAAUACUUUGAAACUAAACCAGUUAAGGAAGAAUACUCGAGUUCUGAGGAUAAAGAAGGAAAAGAAGAGUAUAAAGACUCGACUAGCAAUUGCAAGAAGAUUCAAAAAGAUUCCAAGACUUGCACGGUGUGCAAAGAUCCCAAAACGGGUGGAAAUUACGAGAGAUGCUCCUACGCCUAUGAACCGAACGAUAAAGUUUAUAAAUUUAGCAGGACAAAGAGUUUUGGAUAUCCUGCAAGUUCUUCCAAAGAUGAUGAUUCCAGCGAGUCCGGUCAGGAUGAAGAGAAGAGAGCUAAAAGCGAACUCGAGGAAUACAGGAGAGACUAUUCCAUUCCAGAAAGCUACUACGACAAGAGUCACUCCUCUCCGUUAACCUCUUACUUCAAGGAUGACGAACCUGGGUCCAGUUAUCGUCAAGCUGCUUCCCAAAAUUCUAAAUUAAUCUCUGAGGACGACGAUGAUUAUUUGUCCGGCUACGAGAAAUCCAAAUCAGAAUCCGAGAAAGUUGCCAAAAGUAUCGAACCGAGCCACUGCAAAGAAGUUCAGAAAGAUUCCAUGACUUGCAAGAUUUGCAAGGAUCCUAAAACUGGAAGCAAUUCCGAGCAAUGCUCGUAUAAAUAUCAACCGAGCGAUAAAAGUUACUCUUACUCGAAAUCUAGGUCAAUUGGCAGCCCAACAGAGUCGAACGAUGACAAAUCUUACGAUGAAUCUGAGAAGAAAGAGGAGAGGCAAAAGUUGCCCUACGAAAAGGAAGGUUAUGAUUACUCUUCUGAUAAAAGUUCCUACAUUACCGAUCAAGCCAGCAAAAGAGAAUUUCCAACUUCCGACGAAUCCAAAUCUGAAGAAAUGGAAAAAUCGUUGAAAUCUGCUCCGAAAAAGAGCGAUGUAGGUUUCUACGAUGCGUUUAAGAAGAAAGAGGAGAUCCAGAAGGUUCUUCGGGAAUUUCAAAAGGAAGAUCGUUCCAAUUGUAAGAAAUUAAUGAGAGAUAAAAUGACUUGUUAUCAAUGUGUCGACGAUAAAGGAUUCAAAAAAGAGGAAUGUGCUUUUGUGACUUCGGAAGAACCAGCUGAGGAUAAAAUCGAUUAUAGAGAGGCGAAAGAGGAACCGACCAAAAAGAUUCCCAGGUCGGUUAUUGAAAAUCUGGAUGAUGUACCCAUCGAACCAGAAGCUUCUGCCAGUGGGAAGGUAUACGUGCAACGAGAAUUACCACCUAACAAGAGUUCUGGAAACACCGAGGCAUCCAAGGAGACUGAACCAUAUGAAUACGUAGAGGAAACUAAACCUGUGUUCGAUAAGAUUCUUGGAUUCACACUUCCAGCGUACAUGCUGACUACUUCUGAACACGAAGAGGAGUUUGAUAAGAUUAUGUCGGGCGGAAAAAUUUGAAAAUAAUAUUUUAUUUUUAUCUUUUUGCUAGAUUUGACGAUGGUUGAUCGCUUGUAGAUAAAAUAGAUAAUCUAACUAAUUCUAAUAAUUAGUUAGAAUUAGAGUUCUUAUUUGGAAUUUCAAAGUUGAAAGCUAAA